AAUUUUUUUGAUAACAAAAGUGAACGCAACAUUUUGCAAAAUUUGUGUAUUUUUCUCAAAUUUUAACGUAAAAGAAUUAAUUAAUUCUAUGUAUAACGUUUAGAAAUGGAAGACAAUAAUCUAAUGGAAGAAAACUUGAGUAAGCCAGGAUCUCUGGCCUUGGUGGUUGCCCAACAAACGGAUGACUUAGUUUUCAAGAAACCAUUACCUGUUGGUGCUUCGAAAAAGACAUUCAAAGCUGAAGUUCUUGAAGAAGAAACAUAUUUAGGGGAAAUGGGUAAAAUCAUCCAGCGAGACUUUUUCCCGGAUUUGGAGAAACUUAAAGCUCAAAGUGAUUACUUAUCUGCGAUAGAAAAUAACGAUAGUGAAAAGUUACACGAAAUAUAUGGCAAAUAUGGUAUCGGUCGAAGGUCUGCUCGCGAUGUUUGUGCCAGUCCAGCUACCUUCGAAACACCUGUAAUGCGUAAAAUUGAAUCGACCGAAAAUCCCAAUCAACCUAAAACUGAUGAUGUAAUAGAUGUUGACGAUGAACCUUCUGUUACACUAAGAAAACCUAAGACUUUGGAUCAGUUCUUGAAAUGCUAUACCAGCGAAGAUAACGAAAGCUUCGAAGAAAUCAUGAUUGAAAAUGAAAAACGACAGCGAGCUAAGAAUCCUUGGUUGUAUAAAGAUGAAAAUUCUGUCGAAGGAGGUAACUUGGCUCUUCCUUCCGCAGAACGAUUGCAAAUCGAAGAUAAACCACUGGAUAUCGAUACUUGGGGUUAUAAGAAUAAGAAUUACAUCAUGUAUGUUCCCGAUGGAGUCGCUCUUACUAAAGAAGAACAGUUAUUAAUGUUGAAGAAGAAAAAAGAGAUUAAUUAUACGGGUACGCGAUUUCAAGAAAAUCCUUUCAACGAAGAGCAAAACAAAGAAACUAUUCAGACGCUGGCACAUUCGCAAGUACGAACGUUGGAUGGUAAAAUAGGCAUCGAUGGCAAAGAAUUAUCUACCGAAACGACCGAAGUAAACGGUUACGGUUUUGUUAAAACACCAUCGCCUAUGCCAGGUGUUAAUGAAACUCCUCUAAUGACAUGGGGAGAAAUCGACGGUACUCCUUUUAGACUAGACGGUAGCGAUACUCCAAUUAGACCCGGUUUACCUGGCCCAGUAUUCAAAAUCGCCGAACCCCCUCUUCGUGAACGACUGGCUCAUUCGUUAGCGGAAAAAGUCAACGAAAAGAAUAGAGAUACGAAGAAAAAAGCCAGAGAAAGUGCCAAAAAACAACUAGCAACAGCAUCUCCCAUGUCAACUAGACUUUUCGAUAGCUUCGAUGCGCCAUCACCUGCUUCGGCUAGAUUAUCAUCGAGUCAUUUGAAAAAUCUGAAUGCCGAUGGUUCGACGAGAUCACCGUAUACGCCCAGAACACCCAGGACACCUUUAUUAUCGCCUAAAUUACCACCUGCGACUAAAACCACACCGUUGAGGAUUUCCUCAGGUACACCUACUCGUCGUUCGUAUGAUAGUGAUUUCCAUUUAACCGAUAAUUUGUUGAAUUUAAAUAUACCUAAGAGGCCUAAAGCGGCCGACUUUUUUGCAUGAUGUUUGUAAAUUAUUAGAUUCGUGUAAUUAUUUUAUUCCUUCUUUAUAUGUGUGUUUUUCUAUCCAUCGUUUAUAGAUAGAGUUACGAUAUUGUGUACUUAUUGAUGUUGUAAUAUAUGUAAACUGACGUUUAUACCGAAGAA